AUAAAUGAAAAACAACAAAACAACCACAACAUUAGAAGAAAGCAAAAAGACAAAUAUCAAUCAAUUGAGAAAGAGAACAUGAAACAUUAUGUUCUUGUUCACGGCGGUUGCCACGGCGCAUGGUGCUGGUACAAGGUCAAACCGGUGCUGGAAGCUUCAGGCCACCGUGUAACCGUUGUUGAUCUUACGGCUUCUGGUGUGAACAUGAGCAAAGUGGAAGAGAUUCAGACUUUGGCGGAUUACGCUAAGCCGUUGCUUGAAGUUCUCGAGUCGUUUGGUUCAGAGGAUAAGGUUAUCCUCGUUGCACAUAGCCUCGGAGGGAUAUCAGUUGGUCUUGCAGCUGACAUGUUUCCUAGUAAGAUCUCUGUUGCUGUCUUCAUAACCUCUUUCAUGCCUGAUACAACGAAUCCACACCUUUUUAUGUUUUCGAAAAGUUUCGUGGGAGCGUUGUGGAGUUUGAGACAUAUGGGACACAUGAUCGUCCUCUAACCACUAUUCUUCUUGGAACUAGUGUACUUAGCCAAGAAGAUGUAUCAACUUUCUCCAGUCGAAGAAUUAGUAGUAGCAAACUUCAGCUUUCAACUACCAUGAUAGGCAAAGAUGUUUCAUCGGGGUGACUAUUUUUUAUAUGAAUAAGAUUCCUGUAAAAAAAACACUCAUUUCUACAACAAUAGCAUUGUCAAGAUGAGAUAAU